AUGCAUGAGCUUUUAAUGUCACUAAACAGUGAAGGGAAGCCACCAUACGGGUUCAUCAAUGAAAUUGCCAAGAAGUACAAUGUGCAUAGGAGGACAAUCGGAAGGAUAUGGAGACAGAUUCGGGAUCAAAAAAAUAAUCAAGUUCCAAUUAAUGUCAACAACAAGAAGAAAGGCAGCAAAGGAAGGCCAUCCAUCCCCUUUGAUGAAAACAAAUUCAAGUCAAUUGAAAAAGUGAAGAAGACAACUUUAAGAGCACUGUCAAGGGCCAUGGGAGUUAGCCAAACCACAAUCUGCAGAUGGAAAACAAAAAAUUGCAUUUUAGAUGAGCAAACAAGCAACUUCACAUUUAAUGAAAUGUCAAAUGUAGUGCACAUGGAUGAAAAGUUGUUUUAUAUUACAAGGACACAACAAACAUUUUAUCUAACUCAAGAUGAAAUAGAGCCAAAUAGAGAAAUCCAAUCUAAAAGAUUUGUCCCCAAGAUCAUGUUUAUGUGUGCCGUUGCAAGACCAAUCUUUUCUAGUGAAGGUGAGAUGAUUUUUGAUGGAAAGAUAGGCAUAUUUCCUUUUACACAUGAAGUGGCAGCACAAAGGAGUUCAAAAAACAGAAAGAGAGGAGAGCCAGAGACCAAACCAAUACAAUCAAUCACUAAAGAUCACACAAGAGACAUGAUUGUGCACAAGAUACUACCAGCAAUUAGAAAUGAUGAUGAAGUGUUUAGAGAGGUGGCAACACUUGAUAGAUUUAGCUUCCACUUAGUGCAACAACCUCCUAACUCACCAGAUAUGAAUGUGCUUGACUUAGGGUUCUUUAGGUCAAUACAAUCGUUACAACAUCAAAAAUCAGGAUACAACUAUGCACAAUUAGUAAACGCAGUGACUACAGCAUUUGACAUAAUCUGA